CGUGGCGAGCUAUAAAUAGCACGGUCUCAGAGCAACACACACGCAACACAGACAGCGAUAUCACAGAUUGCCUGGUAAUUUGAGGUAAAAAAAACACAGGAAAAGUUGAGUUUUACGAACGCUCAAUGCAACAAAUGCUGUUACCCCAAGAGUUUGAUGUGUCUGUUUCUGAUGGAGACUUCGGCUCUCACCAGCUUUGACGUUUUGGACUUCGUCGACUCACAACAGUCUUCUCCGGGUUCAAACUCAUCCUUUCAAACUUUAAUAAGAGAUAUCUGCCAACAAGCGGCAUUGCAGCCACCAGUCGUUGUGCCUGAAGAAGUACCUAAAGAACACACCAAUGGAAGAGUGCCACGUCAUAGAAAGAAUUCUCACAUCCAAGCUGAGAAAAAACGACGGAAGAAAAUCCAUGAACAUCUCCGCAUGCUUCAUGACUACGUUCCGGCACUGGUGUCGAAGAAUGCGAAGAGACUGAGUGAACUGGAAUCACUUGAAGAAACUGGAAAAUAUGUUAAAGAGAAGAAGGUCCGCCAUGACACUCGCAAGGACGAGAUAGAGAAACUAAAACGGGAAAGAGAAAACCUUAAAAUGGAGCUGAACACAUUCCAAGCAGCGCUGCCAUCCUCGGGGUUAAAGACGGACACCCGUCACCAGACAGUCCUGGGCCGUUACGACGCUUACUCACAACGGAAGUUUACCGAGACCUGGCGCUACGGUCUUUUUGAUCAGAUUGUAGGCAGGAAGCUUGCAGACUCGUACGCCGAGCAGACAAACACCAGCACAGCGGAACCCUACAUACAGAAUCUGAUGAAGUGGACUGGUUCCUGCCUCACACUCACCAAUCUCCGACCAGUGGUGAUCUCCGGUCUCCGAAAUGUGUCUAUAAACACAAGCAUAUUGGUGAACCCAAAGGCUGUCAAGCAAGAACUUGCCCUCUCCAUGCAAAAGAGUGUGUCCUCUACAGUAACUGCGACGGCAAUUCCGUCUACGGUGACUACAGCUGCUCCAACUUCUGCGGCUGCAGUAACAACACCAACCACGUCAGCUUCGUGCACUCCAUCGUCAUGACCUUGGGUUGCGGAGUGGGCGUGGCUUAGUUACCCCGAUUAGGGAAUCAGAGGUUUUGGCGGUACAACCUCUGAUUCGUCAUAGGCAAAGGGUGAACUACAGGGCGUUGUUCGGUGAGGUAAAUGAGCUCCAGAGUGUUCAACUUACAUGUAGGUUUGUGUGUGUGGCUGCGUGUACUAUACCUAAUUAUAGUGUACAUGCCCAAUGAGAUACUCUACCACAGAUUGAUAUGGAAUACCCAUGUCAGAAACAAUCACACAAAGUCUUAGCAAAUCAGUACUUGUUUAUUCCCCUUGAGUAACAGUCUUUGCUUUUGUGUUCACGCAACCAUGUAGAUUUGUGUAUUGGACUGUCUGACAACUGGGGGGACACCACAGCACUACCCACUAAGCCACGUGAUGGUCACUUAUGACAAUCUUUGAACUUUCGAUAUCAGUAAACAACAAAACAAUGCAAAUUACCCACAUGGGCACGAAUAUAGAUGACAUUAUUUCCAGUAAUUCGCAUUGAGCACACC